GGAGGAGAUGAGAAGAUGUGGCCAGUAGUGGGAUCCCGUUGGAGGUGGUGAAAAUGUUGGAGGAUUAUACGCUGUAUGCGACAGCUAAUGGGGUGGAAGGUGAGGACAAGGGGGACUCUGUCCUUGUUACGAAUGGGGGGAGGGAGAGCAGGAGCAGAGUUGCGGGAUAUCGAGGAGACCUUAGUGAGAGCCUCGUCUAUAAUGGAAGAGGGGAACCCCGUUUCCUAAAGAAUGAAAACAUCUCCGAUGCCCUGGUAUGGAAAACCUCAUCCUGGGCACAGAUGCAGCCAAGACGGAGGAAUUGGGAGUAGGGGAUAGAGUCUUUACAAGAAGCAGGUUGGGAAGAAGUGUAGUCAAGAUAGCUAUGGGAGUCAGUAGGUUUGUAGUAGAUGUCAGUCAAUAGUCUGUUUCCUGUGAUGGAAACCGUGAGAUCGAGAAACGGUAGGGAGAUGUCGGAGAUGGUCCAAGUGAAUUUGAGUGCAGGAUGGAACUUAGUGGUGAAGUUGAUGAAGUCAGUGAGUUCUGCAUGGGUGCAGGAGGUAGCACCAAUGCAGUCGUCAAUGUAGCGGAGGGAGAGUUUGGGGAUAGGGCCAGUGUACACCUGGAACAGGGAUUGUUCAACGUACCCAGGCAUAGCUAAGGCCCAUGCAGGUGCGCCUUGGAUUUGGAGGAAGUGGGAGGAGUCGAAGGAUAAGUUGUUGAGGGUAAUGACCAGCUUUGUUAGGUGGAGGAGAGUAUGGGUAGACGGGAAUAGGCUGGUUCAGCGGUCGAGGAAGAAACAAACAAGGAACUGCAGAUGCUGGUUUGUACCGAAGAUAGUCACAAAAAGCUGGAGUAACUCAGCGGGUCAAGAGAAAACAAAUAGUCGAUGUUUCGGACUGGAACCUUCCUCAGAUUUCUAUGUGUGGUCUUGUUCUGAGGAAGGGUCUGGACCCGAAAAGUCAACAAUUAUCCCUUUUCUCCAGAGAUGCUGCUUGACUCGCUGAGUUACUCCAGCAUUUUGUGUCUAUCUUGGGUUUUGGCAUCAUGUUCAGCACAGACAUUGUGGGCCGAAGGGCCUGUUCUGGUGCUGUUCCGUGAGCAGGGGUGGAGGCAGCAUCCUCCAUCCAAUUGUGUAAUAAGCCUUGCGCACAGCAGACAGCGUUUUUUGUGUAAGCUCCGUGUCAUGGCUUCUUGCUGACGGAGGCUCCACCUCUUUCUGUGUGUGUGUGUGUGUGAGAUGUUGAUUCUGCCUCGCACAGCCAAGACAGGCAACAUUCUCUCAGUGCGAGAGGCAGCCAGCGCGUUCAGUGCGGACACUGUAGGAACAAUCACCUUAUGCCUAGCCGGACGCAGCACUGACAGCGACGCUUGCUCAGCGCUCUGCUAUGGACCUUUUCGAGUUCGACUUCUUCAGAGACUGGGAACUGGAGCAAUCGUGUCACUACGAACAGGAUCGAAACGCGCUGAGGAGAAAAGAAUGGGAGAGACGGAAUCAGGAAGUCCAUCAAGAUGAAGAUCUGUUUGCCUCAAGUUUUAAUCUAUUCGGUGAACCCUACAAGCCGACACUCUUCAAAGGAAAUCAUGCCCUUGGCAGCUGUCCAGAGGCCGAUAUGUAUGACCUACCCAGGAUUAAAUUGACAUCCUCCGGCAUUAUCAGCGACUUGACCAGCAAAGGUGAUGCGCUUUCUAGCCGUGUGCAGAAUACUUUAGGGAACUACGACGAGAUGAAGGACCUGCUGACCAACCGUUCCAACCAGAGUCACCUCGUGGGCAUCCCCAAGUCCCUGAUCCCACAGACGCCCACGGAUAAGAUGGAGCCAAGUUUCUUCAGCGAGCCCAGGACUAAGGUGGUGCCAUCGCACCAAAGUGGCAAUCACUCUUCCUCCUGCAUGCCCCCGCCUUCCUCCUGCCUGUCGCUGAGUUCUACGCUGCUGCACGGGCACCCCAGCAAAAAGUCACGGGUGGAGUGGUCCCGAGGUGGACACGGGUCGACUGGUGGGCAUGGCCUGCAGAGCGGUAGUCAGCCGGGCAACCAACAGGGCAGGGAGAAGCACCCGGCCUCCCACGAACAGUCCCAGGACAGGUACGGCGACCCGUACGCUGGUCAGAGCGAGCUGCACAAAAGUGACCUGCAGGCCAGUGUUGACGACUGCGUGAAGCUUCAGUCGUCGAGUCCCGGCACCACCUCGCGCUCCAAGCGGCACGGCCACUCCAAGCCGGCCAGCAGCGAUCACUCCUACAAAGACGGCUGCCACAUGAAGUCCCCCAUUGAUACCGACGGUGGCUCCUACUCCUGCGGUUCACCGCUCCCCUCCACCUCCCUGAUUCCUGGUGGCAGUGCUCUCUCCAGCCAGAACUUCCUGCCAGGACUCCACUGCAAGUCCAGUGUUCUUCAGCAGAAGCCCACCGCCUACGUCAGGCCAAUGGACGGGCAGGAACAAGCCCCCAUUGAGUCACCAGAGCUAAAACCCCUGAUGGAAAUCGAGGAUGCUUUCAGUAACCAGGCAUUCGGAAACCUCCUGGAUGUGAAACCCUGCACAACAACCUCCAAGUGCAAGUUACCAAAGCUGACCAUCCCUCAACCGGUAGAGGUCAGCCUUUCCAACGAGUCCAGCUGUGUGGAAGAAAUAUUGCGGGAGAUGACACAUUCAUGGCCUCCUCCCCUAACUGCGAUACACACACCUGGCAAGGCUGAGACAACCAAGUUCCCGAUCCCAAGCAAGGAUUCUCAGCAUCUAACCUCUGGCUACAAUGGACAAAAACGAUGCGAUGUGCAAGGAAAGCCUCCGACCAAGUCUGCCCCGCAAAAAUCGAUGCUGGAAGAUGACUUGAAGCUUAGCAGUGACGAGGAAGAGAGUGAACAGGCAGAAAAAACAAAGAUUCGACCCAUCGCUGUGAACACCAGCGCUCUGCAGAACACCCACGGAGCCGCCUCCGGUCAUUCCAGCGGCGGAUGCAGCAGCUCGAGCGAGUCUGGGAGCAGUUCGGAGUCCGACUCGGACAGCGAGAGCACCUCCAGUGACAGUGAAUGCAACGAGGCGCCCCGCACCGCAACACCAGAGCCUGAACCACCAUCGACCAACAAGUGGCAGCUGGACAAAUGGCUGAACAAAGUUACGUCGCACAGCAAGGCCAUCAUCAACAACCAAACCGACUGCGAUGAGCUGAGUGAUCCGCUGUCCCAGAGGAACCAAGAGAUUGACACGCAGAUCAAAGGGAAGCAGGUCCUUCCACUGCCUCAGGCAGAUUCCAAAGAUCGAGUCCUACUUGUGCCCGUCAGGGAGAAAGCCAAACCGAGGUCCACUCAGAAAGUGGCGGAAGGGAAGCCAGCGAGGCAGAAGUCCCCCGUGCACACCGAGCCUGCUCCGUCGAGGAGGACCACGGGCAAGUCGCAGCCCAGGAGGGUGGAACGGGCUCCGAGCGUCGAGGAACAUGCCUGGCUUCGCCCCGGCAACCCCAGCAGUACCCCCAAAGACAGGGAUGGGCGAGGAAGCUCGGCCGACCAAGCCAAGGCCAAGGGGAAAGCGGGCGGCUGCAAGGCAGGGGCCAGGAAGGAGCCACGGAGCAUUGCCGCAGCGACGGCGGCCGUGCCGGCCCCUGUGGAGAAGAGGAAGCACCGCGUGCCUGGUAAGAUUGUGCCUAAGUCGAGGGAGUUUGUGGAGACGGACUCAUCAGACUCUCACACGGACCUGGAGGAAGUGGUAGCAGUGGCUGCGGCUAAAGCCGUGGCCCCUCCCGCCGUGACCAGCAACUCGGUGAAAACCAAGGACUGCGUGGGCGCGACGGGUUGCCCCAACGUUUGCCCCAUGGACAGCUCCGCCCUGGACAAAGGGCCCAUCGAUUUGGAAGAGUUAUCCUUCUCGCCUCUCCCACUCCCGCAGAACGAACCUCUAUCUCCCCUGAGAGACUACGAGGAGAUCAAGUCACUUUGGGUGAAAUUAGAUCUCAGCCUUCUGACCCGGGUCCCUGGACUGGCAGUGGAAGAAAACGUGGUGGGCAAGCCAGAGGUCAGACCACCCAACAUUAAACACAACAAUCAGUCCCCUUCAACGGUGAUGGAUAAAAACACCAUUAAAACCAAACGGAAACACAAGAUGGAGAACACAGAAGGUCUGUGCGAACUCAAGAAGCAACACAUAGAGAAGGAACCCACGGCGCCGAUGCUUCUUCCCGCCAGCUGCUCGGCAAGUUCCAGCCACAAGGUCCUGAGCAGUAAAGAGUUAACAAAACAGUUGACCAAAAGGGACCGGAAGUUCCCACCUCCGCUCUCGCCACUGCCGGAUGAACCCGAGUCCAAACGCGGAAUAAACGAGAGCGAGCUCCUUGGCCAGGAGAGCAGCAGUAACUCCGUACCAAGCAGUGCCUCACAGCCCUCCACGCAAUACAAACACCGCAAACCCGACAACAAGCCCACGUGCCACGCAAAAAACACCACCGAGAACGAAUCGCAUCCCAGCUUGUCAAGCAAUGUCCAAGAAAACAGCCAAUCGCAAAUGGAUACUUGGAUGUUGAUAUCCAAUGGUCAUUCAGAACCACGAAGACCCAAGUUGACUUUUGAUGACACGUCUCAUAAUGCCGAUUACUACAUGCAAGAGGCCAAGAAGCUGAAACAUCGAGCUGACGCACUGCUUGAUAAGUUUGGAAAAGCAGUUAAUUAUGCAGAUGCAGCACUCUCAUUCAUUGAAUGCGGGAAUGCCAUGGAGCGUGACCCAUUAGAGGCAAAAUCCCCAUAUACCAUGUAUUCCGAGACGGUGGAACUCAUCAGGUACGCCAUGAGGUUAAAGAAUUUCACCCGCUCCUUGGCAACAAUAGCGGAGAAGAAAUUGGCAGUUUUAUGUUACCGAUGCUUAUCCCUUCUCUACUUGAGGAUGUUCAGACUUAAGAAAGAUCACGCCAUGAAAUAUUCCCGAUCUUUGAUGGAAUAUUUUAAGAGUUCUUCGAAAGCAUCGCAAGCACCGUCUCCUUGGGGAACGAAUGGAAAAACCACGGGAACAGCCUCCCCUUUGUCACCCAGCCCAUCUCCAGUCAGCUCCGUCGGGUCUCAUGGGAGCAGCACCAGUACUACUGCGUCUUCACCCUCAGCAACCAUCAGCAUUCCCCAACGGAUCCACCACAUGGCUGCCAGCCACGUCAACAUCACCAACAACAUCCUCAGGAGUUACGAGCACUGGGACACUGCUGACAAGUUGGCCAGAGAGAACAAAGAAUUCUUUCACGAGCUGGACACAUUGAUGGGGCCACUAACGCAACACAGUAGCAUGACCACCCUGGUCCGUUACACCCGGCAGGGACUGCAUUGGUUGAGGGUGGAAGCCCACUUAUUGUAGUGACUGUGCUGCACGCUGCUUUUUAAUUUUCCGUUCAGUUGGCAUUUCCAUCUCUACCUCUGCCAGGACCACGAUCGGCGGAUGCCCCCCCCCCCCCCCC